UACGUACAGUGUAGGCAAACCAGCAGCAAAUUAUCUGACAGCUCCUAGUUUUUCACAACAAAAACAGAAAAGCAAUAGUGGCAUUGUCCUGUAGCAAAACAAAGCGUAUUGCGUGUUUCACAUCUUUCUAAAUUAGCAAACAAAUUGAAGAAAUUGUAACUGCGAUUAAAUUGUGUGACGGAUAAUGUAAUCCUUACACAGCAUUGGCACAAGGGCCAACGAUUCAAGCGGUAAAUGGUAUAGCGUACUGCGCCUCCGUUUGUUUGAGUGCGAAAGAAAACAAUGACGAGAAGUAGGAGCAGCAGCAUCGGCAGAAGUGCAUGAUUUGCAAUCGAGCGUGAAUAUAGACUGAAUGCGUAAAGAUACAUUGGCCAGAAACGACGAAACGUAGUACGCAUAAACAUUCGCACACGAGGGCACACAGGCGUAACCAAUAGAUUUGUCGGUGUGGAACAGUGUAGCGGAUCACUCCAGUCACGACACGUUCGAGUGAUUUUUUUUUGUUUAGCGAAGAAAUCAUCGUUGACCGUUCGGGUGACGGUGGAAUUUUGUGUGUUAGUUUUGUGUAUGCCCCAGCGAAGCGCGAACCGAUCGAGUUCUUCAUCUUGCCAAGGACGCCAGCUGUAGCGCUAAGCUUGUAGCAAAAUCCUGUUGGGAUCUGGGAAACAUCCAAUCUCCCCACAGGGACUGGUGACGAAUGCAGCAUGACGGUGGUUUAUCCACGCAAAAUGUUGGCCCGAUUCCAUCCGUACCAUGGUCAGAACAUUAUACUGUUUAACGAGAACACGGUCGCGUAUCGGAAGGCCAGCUUCGGGAAUGCGCUCACCUUUAGCGAGAAACCGUUGCAACCGGGUGAAAUCUUUCUGCUAGAGAUCGAGAAAAACGAACGAGGCUGGAGUGGACACAUGCGAUUGGGUCUAACCCAGCUAGACAUUAAACCGGCAUCAGCACUACAGUACGCCCUUCCUGAUUUAUCGAACCUGGGCCACAGUUGGGUCUUCCCCAUCACGCGCACGGUCGGAAACUCGAUGCUCAAAAGUAAUAUCCUUGGCAACGGAAUCAACGUCAAAACGUCUCGCGGUGUCUUUCCGCGCAGUCUGCUCAAACCAAUCUCGCAGGACGGUGGCGCCAGCACGGACAUUCUGCCCACGGAUACGAACUCUCGCAUCGGUGUCAUCUUCGUACCGAGUGAGCACGAAGCGGAUAAAGCCGAAAUGCACUUUAUUAUUAAUGGUGAAGAUCAAGGACCGUGCACACAUGACAUUCCGUAUACGAAGGGAGCACUGCACGUGGUGAUCGAUGUGUACGGUACGACGAAGCAAGUGAAGAUCAUCCAGCUGUACGGCAUCUCAACGCUGCAGGGUGCUUGUCGGGAUGCAAUACUGGCGCGGGUCAAGAAAUCUGCCAUUCCCGAGCUGCCGUUGCCGGAAAGUUUGAAAAACUAUUUGCUACAGUGCGGGCUGUAGGAGUGGAUCGCCAUCUGAGUCAGUCAGUUCCGGUGGUGUGGGUAAUUUACGAUUGGAAAGAUAAUUUGUAAGCGUACAGGCGUGUAAUCUAUCUGGGAAGCAAAUCUCAUCCUCAGUGAGAGCAUCGAUACGGCAAAAUUUGAAUCUCGCUAGACGAUUGCUCGUAACACUUUGUCAAACUAUUUUUUAAUUUAUCACAACGCGGGUUCUAAACCUCUGACCAGUAUAAUGGUGAAUUAUUGUUUUGUUACUAAGAAUACGACGGUCUAUUCCUUAACUAUUUUAUAAAUUUAAAAAGGAAAUAGAUACAGCAAGAACGCGGGUCAUUUAUGAAGGGAAAAAGUUUGUGUAACCUAUAGUUGAUUUAAAAUAUUCUUUACAUCUCAAUUCUUCCAUAAACUGCUUGAGAGCUGCUGGAUGUAAAUUACUCUAAUUCUUAUAGUGCUACGCAUUAUCACACUCUCGCUAGCAUUUUUAUAUUAUUUUACAGAAUUGGAAUUUCUACACCUUUAGAAAUAUUCUGCAAACAACGGUGGAAAUUUCGUUGGUAUCUGAAGUUCGUCAUGAAACACAAUGUAAAGAGAUGUACCCUUCACGUAAUAAAUUUUCUAUCAGGUUGGAACCAAGCGGUUAAAAAAUGGGACGACAGGGACGCAGCAGAACAGUUGUGACUAAGGAUACUAGCGGGCAAUGGGAACAAUUCCUACCAGUUCCGGAACGUACAGAGAAAUGUUUAUAGUGAAUCAAAACAGAACUAAAACAGAGCGAGCAAAAGUUAAUGAUAGGAUAACCCGUUUGUCAUGAUUAUUGUCCAAGUUUGUGAUUAAGUGUAUUGGAAAGCUUGAUUUUUUAAAACUUAGAGUACGAAAGUGAUUGGUGAGAGAACAGUAAUAAAUGUAGAAUAUCCUACAAUAUUGGUGAAAAUAA